CACUAUGACGGUGGGAGCGCGGCUGGGCGACAAAGCGCGGAGCCGCUUCUCCCGCCGCGGCACCGGCGACGACCAGGUCAGCAUCCUGCCCGGUGGCGAGGAGGAGGAGGAGGAGGCGGCGGGGAGCGGCGCGGGGGCCCCCGAGGAGGAGGAGAAGAAGGAUAAGGAUAAGGAAGAAGGCGCUGGCCGCAGGAAGGUGCGCUUCGCCCUCCUGCCCGAUCCCUACGAGCCGCUGCGGCCGCCGCGGGCCCCCGGCAAGCGGCACUACGGGAAGCGGCUCAAGAAGUACGGCAAGAACGUCGGCAAAGCUCUGCAGAAGGGAUGCCGCUACUUGGUGGUCGGCCUGCAAGGAUUAGCAUCGGCUUAUUCUGCUCCCUUUGGAGUGGCAGCUCAAGUGGCAUCCUUCGUCCGCUAGUGCAGCCCCAUCAGCAAGGACAUGAGGCCACUUAGGGUUAAUCUCAGCCCUGCAUCUGAGAAACCUCUUGGACAAAUGGCCCCAGCCUCUCCACCAGCCCUGAGGAGACCCAGGACUGAGCGCUCUUCUCUGCAAAUACGGCAUUAAAUCAGAUCGAGUCAAAGAAAUACAAGGAUUAGGAAAUAAUCUUCCACUAAUGGAGCUGAAGUUUGUUUUGGGACAGGAGCUGGUUUUCUAGAGCUUUGUGCUGUGUGUGGAAGGGAGCCAAGGACGGGGGGAAAGCAAGUAGGUGAGGGAAAGAGAAAUGCAGGAAAAUAGAGGAUGGGGAGGUGGAGAUCAGAGUGUGGCCGGUGAGAGGAGUUGUCAAAGCAGUGGAGGAAGCAGAUAACAAGGGGUCAGGAAAAGGCAGUCUUUGGUUUUCUGAGGUUGUUUUGGUGGGUUAAGAUUAUGAGUAUAUUAAAAAUAUACUUGGCUAUAAAUGGACUAUGGCCUAAGACAUGGAGAGCUUUGCUGCAUCACUAUUGUUGAUUCCAAACACUGGGCAUCAUGAGCCGUUAAAUGUUAAAACUGACCUAAAAAUGCAGAAAGGAAAUGAGAUGUGUUUGUUUUCUGAUCCAGGGGCAUUAAAAGUUCUCUGUGAUUGGUGUUUUAAGCUUUUUCUCUGCUGCUGUGAAAUCCGAAUGUAUUAUUUUUACUGAGAACAGUUUGUAUCUGACAUACCUGAUUCUGGAAGCUGGGGCAUAAGAACACUCAGUUUCUAUGGUGUUCACCAGGAAAAGAAAAACCCAGAUUAUCAGAUGCAUCUGAAAAGAACUGCAUACAGCCUUUGGUAUAAGAAUGUACAACCAUUCUGUAUAAGAAUGGGACCAAAAAUCCUGCCAGCUCCAUCUUCAUUUCUAUGUGUGGAUGUUGUAGCUAGAGAUGCCAACAGCAGAUGGCUCAGCUCAGUGGUGCAAUGAAGACCCUCUAGGGAUAUAAACCCUGUAUAUGAUUGUAUGGAUGACCCAGGAACAAUGGGGCUUGUGGGCCUUCAGAAUUCUGUGGAGUUUGGGGUUUUGGGGUAUUUUUUUCUAUCAGUCUUUUGUGGUAGCAGUCAGUGAUUUUCCUGCUAGCACUUUCUGUGUGUUACAGAUCUUUCUAUAAUAUCAGUAUAGUUUUGAUACUGGUUUUGUAAUCAAGGAGUUGACUUAUAUGGUAAAAAGUGCUGCUCAUUUGCUUUCUUUGCCUUUUUUGAAUGAAGGGGUUUGCAUGUCUCAGCAGACCACGCUGUAUUGCUUCUAAGUGUCACAAAUGAAAACGAGGUCGGUAUUUUUAAUGCUGUAAGUGGACUGUAAAUAAAAGCAGUGUAAUC